AUUUGCUCAAACACCGAACGUAUGCAGAUUCGACGACGAAAGGCGGUUGUGCUGGUCAUUGUCGGACUCGUGGCGACAGUGCUUGCCUACGAAGCCCUGUGCACGGCCUUCCGACGGCAGCCUCGCGGACGCAAAGCACUCCCUUGGCAGCAACAGCAACAAGUCCGAUGCCCCGUGUGCCCGGCCUCUAGCACAGAUGGCAAUACAGCAGAACUGACGGCCGACCAGCUGGCUGCUCGUGCGCAGGAGCAAGCAGCAAGGUGCGCCGUGCCGUCCUUGCUCCAGUCGCUGGAAUUGGUCGGCACAACCGUGCCCCCGCCGACCUACUAUGCCAACGAGAAUGACAUUAUGCUGGUGGCGCCUGAGCUUCAUGCAAAAGAACGACGGCGGGAUGUCACAUUCAGUAUCGCCAUUCCAACAGAAACCUACGCGAUGCCGGCGGGAUCCACACUCCCGGUUGUUCGCACGUUGCAGCGAUUAAUCAACAACUUGACGCCGCAAGAGCAACGCCAAACACUCAUCGUCGUCGUCAUCACGUCCCCCGCAAAGCGAGCCAUCCCUGCUGUCUUGACAUCCGUCCACACGGCGUUUGCAGCCCACAUGCUGUCGGGGUUGAUUGAAGUCGUCGUGCCGACGCCUGCCGCGUACCCGAUGCCCGGCACGCCGUUGCGCAAAACGUACGGUGCGACCGAGCAAGAGGUGCUGAUUCGCUCCAAACCCAAUGUGGACAUGGCGAUCGGCAUGGAGUACUGCGCUGGCCGCGGCCGCUACUUUCUGGCGCUUGCCGAGAGCGUGGACACCAGCCCCAACUUUUUCGACCAGAUGGCAACCUUCAUCUCCUCGACAGAUAGCGUCGAGCACAGCCCGCCGUGGUCUGUCCUCGAAUUCAAUCUUCGCGGUCCUUCCUGGGGCAAGCUCUUUCGCGACACUGAGCUUCUUGAGGCAGCUGCCUUCUUCCGCUUCUUUUAUCUCGACCACCCCCUUGAAAAUCUGCUCGUCUACUUCAUGUCGUCCAAGACGCAGCCCUCGCGAUUCUUCUCCCCUCGAGUGCUGUUUACGCCCGCUCCUUCAGUUUAAGUGGAAGUGUGUGUGUGUGUUUGGCUUGUUAUUUAAUCAGAACAAAAAAAACUAAGGACAAAAAAC